GUAUGUUACCGAAAAUGCGCUUGACGCCAUUUUUUUAAGCUAUUCGGUUUUUGACGGCUUGGUAAAUUCAAACCGGCAAAAGAGAAUUCCCAUCCUUGUUUCGAUUGUCAGAGUGCAAAAAUGCCCCUGAAAGACCUCGACAAGCUUACCGUUGUCAAGCUUCGUGCCGAGUUAAUAGCCCGAGGUUUGGACUCGAAAGGUAAUAAGCCCUUUCUGGUGGAGCGACUUCGCUUCGCCAUUGAGCAAGAGGAGCAGCACGGAGUAGCCAGACCCGAAAUCAAAAUGUUCACCUCCGAGAAUCAAUUAGGUGACACGAGUAUGGACCAGGAACCCGAAAUGGAAGACGAAGCUGCUGGUGAGAAUGAAGCUGAUGAAAGCUUCACAUCUAACCCCAACCAAGUGGGCAAUGGCUCAAAUGGCACCACAGAAGUGUCAGAUAAUGCUUUGAAUAAUGGAACACACAUCAGCUGCACCGACAAGCCUUUUAAAACAGAAGAGACCUUGCCGGAAGCAAUAGCUGAACCCACAUUUAUUGAAGCAUCUAAAAAAAUCUCUGCUGAUACAUCUCCUUUAACUGAGGCAGCUGUUAAAGAAGGGAAUGCAGAAGAAGUAGAUAACAGUACAAAUUCUGCCCUUGAUGACAGUGUAAUGGCUGUCUAUGGAGGGAAAGAUGAAACUUUUAUGGAGAAUAGUACUUUAGAACAAUCUGUAGACAUGACAGUUGACCGAACUAAUGAUAAUGUAACAAAUAACUUGACCUCAAAUUCUAGUAAUCUUGAUGUUAAAGAUACUAGUUCAACACCAAAAGACACCACAGAAGCUUCCAGUGUUGAUACUGAAAAGGCCUCCGUUAGUAUUAACCAAACAGAUGCAUCUGCUCAAAGUGAGACAGUUUCGGUUGAUAGUGAGGCAAAAGAGCAAAACAAGGUUUCAGAUGUCACAUCACAGGCUGAAAUAACAGAUGCUGUUAUCAAAGCAGAAGAACCUAUUGCUGAUGAAAAGGAUGCAGAUUCUGCACCACCUCAGGUUGAAGCAAAAGAAGAGGAGAAAAUGGAAGCCUCAUCAGCUGUGGAGACUGAAGCAACUCAAGGAAGUGAGAGUCCAUCAAAAGAAGGAACAAUAGAAGAUAAAAGUGACAGGGGAAGCAAACGACAAAGAGAUAGAUCUUCAAGUCCAGCUAAUGUAAAUAAAGUAGCGGAAGGUCCACCGCCCGAAGAUGAGCCCGAAUUCGAUGCAAGUUUGGUCCUCCUUGAUUGGUACAAUUCAGAUCUCAACUUAACCAUAAGCAAAACUGAUUUCGUCACUGCUUCUCCUCUAACGGAAUCGGGGUUCGCAUACAUGUGGGCCGGUGCUCGUGCAACUUAUGGAUUUUCAACUGGAAAAAUUUGCUACGAGGUUAAGGUGGUAGAGAAUUUGGCAGUUUCUCACCUUGAGGAAUCAGAACCCAAUCAUCAUGUUGUGCGAGUCGGAUGGUCUGUCGAUUCUACCACGUAUCAAUUAGGCGAAGAUCCAUUUUCGUAUGGGUAUGGAGGUACAGGGAAAAUUUCUCAGAAUUGCGAAUUCAAGGACUAUGGGGUGCCUUUCCAGUUGAAUGACGUUGUUGGUGUUUACUUGGAUGCAUCUGAGAAGGAAACAGUUGAAAUAUCUUUUAGUGUUAAUGGUGCAGCCCAAGGCGUAGCAUUCACGUUACCAAAGGAAGAACUAAAUGGUCGGGCGCUGUUUCCUCACAUCCUUACAAAAAAUUGUCGAUUCGAGGUAAACUUUGGCCAAAAAGAAGAGCCUUGGUUUCAGCCAAUGGAAGGCUACGAGUGGGCCAGCAAAAUCCCGGUAGAAUCUCGCGUUCGAGGCGCUGUUACACCUGCUACUAGGGCCGAGUGCCAGAUGAUCAUGAUGUGUGGUCUACCGGGAGCUGGUAAAACAACUUGGGCCAACAAGUUCUCCGCUGAAAACCCCGAUCGGAAAUUCAACAUUUUAGGCACAAAUGCGUUCCUUGAUAAGAUGAAGGUCAAUGGACUGCCUCGUCGGAAAAACUACAGUGGAAGAUGGGAAGUUUUGAUCGAAAAGUGCACACGCUGUCUUAACAUUUUACUGGAAAUUGCUGCCAAGCGGCGGAGGAAUUAUAUCCUUGAUCAGACCAACGUUUACCCAACAGCACAGAAGAGGAAGAUGUCUUACUUCUCUGGUUUCAAGCGCAAGGCCGUGGUGAUUGUUCCUUCAGAGGAAGAAGCAAAAGUUCGAGUGGAAAAGAGAAUUCAAGAGGAGGGUAAAGAUGUACCUGACUCAGCCGUCAUGGAGAUGAAGGCGAAUUUCAAGAUUCCAUCCGUCGACGACACAUUUGCUGAAGUCGAGUUCCCCGAGUUGCCGCUGGAAGAGGCCCUUAAAGUCACUGAAAAAUACAGCACCGAAGCGAAGGCAGCUGGAUACGGUCAGCCAUCCCCCAAACGACAACGUCAACAGCAAGGAAACCGCAAUAAAAACGAUCGUAACGACAAUCGACGUAGCAAUCACAGUGGGCGCGACAGAAAUCGGGAUUCCAGAGGGUCAAAUAGCCAUCGCAGCUCUAGCUCACGUUCUUACAGAGAUAGCCGAGAUGACCGACACCGUCCACCACCUCCUUCUCACUGGAGAGGUGGCGGAGGUGGUCCAGGUCGUGGUGGUGGCUGGAGUAAUCGGGGACCUCCUCCGCCUCCAUUGGGCCGAAACGGACCUUACUCUCCUCGUCGAGGACCUCCUCUUCCUCCUUUGCCUCCCGUUAACCGCGGAGGAUGGAAUGCACCAUUACCUGAUAGACCAUAUCCCGGAGGCAGAUCUGGUGGCGGUGGCGGCGGCGGAAGGGGCUACGAUGACCGACGCAACGAUCGUCCUUCUUACUCAGCCCCAAGGCGAGAAGGAGGGCCCACUCCUUGGAUGAAUUCUCCAUCAAUGGCUGGUGCAGCUCCGCAAAGAAGUUCGUGGGGACAUUCACAUGGCUGGAAUAGCAACAGUGGCGGCGGGAACAGUUCAUCUUCAUCGUAUGGUCAACCACAACAAUCAUCGUAUGCUAGCUCUGCUUACGGUGGGUCAGCACUCUACGGAUCAACGGGAGCCUCCAGAGCAACUCCAAGCGGUGGCUAUGGUACUCCUUCUGGUAUUACCGCCAGACCUGCUACUGGAAACUAUGGAUCAUCGUCGGCAACUGCAAGACCUGUUUCCACACCAUAUGGCGGUGCCGGAAUCACUGGACUUGCCCGUCCUGCCAGUUACGGAUCCAAUGGUCAAGCCAGACCAACCAGCUAUGGCCCUCCUAGCCUACCAGGUAGCCGACCUGCAAGUUACGGAUCUGGUUCAGGGAGUGCCCGGCCCACCGCCAACUAUUCUAGCGCCUCAAUUAACCCAUGGUCACAACAGCAACAACAGCCACAGCAAACUGGGUAUCAGUAUCCUUACAAUCCCAAUCAUUCGACGUACAGUGGAGGCAAGUAAACUAGCACGUUUCGUUUCGUUUUGUGGUCUUCGUUUUAAACAUUUUCCUCACUUGCAAAAUGUUUUUUUUUUUUUUUGUCAGUCCCUUCCUUAGUAAUCUGAAGUCUCUCUUCUUCGUAUUUGUAACUUUUCAUGAAACAAAAAAUAUUCAGCCGUCGGCGAGUGUAAUUCAUUGUGAGAAACUUCAUUUCAGGGUUUCCGUUCUUUUUUUUAUUUUUUAAAUUUGUUUCUUUCGACGCCAUUAAUGAUGAAAUACACGGACAUUUAACUAA